UUCUCGCUCGCUUCAAUCAGCUCAGCUCAACCAUCCUAUUCGAAGCUUAUUGUUCAGUUUGUCCAGCUAUAAACGAUGAUUCAAUUUCACAGAGUUUGUUUAAUUCAGCUUCGUCACAUGUUCAUGUACACCAAUUUCCUCUUCCUCCUCAUUCAGCCUCAAACUCAUCCAUAAACGAAGGAUCUAAUAUAGCAACAUCUUCAAACCUUCGACCGGGUAAUCAUCGACGUCGAACAAAUAUACCGCUCAUAGAGCAUAUACAAUCAGAGCCAAGUAUAUUGCCAUUUGUUCCAGAUUGUAUUCACUGCCAUGCUAAACGGUAUUACAUGGAGCCGCCUCGAUUCUGCUGCGCUUCUGGAGAGAUUAAAUUAGCACCAACCAAAAUGCCUGAUAGAUUAGUACAGCUUUAUAAAGCAAACACUCUUGAAUCAAAAGAAUUCAGACAAUGUGUUAGGAGUUAUAAUAACAUGUUUGUUUUCACAUCUCUGGGGGUUCAUUAUGAUAAAGAUCUCAGCAAGAGGAAUGAUGGUAUCUAUACUUUUAGGGUGCAAGGACAGAUAUACCAUUUUAUGAACUCAUUAUUUCCUUCUGAUGAUGACAAGGCAUCAAACUUGCAACUGUAUUUUUAUGAUACAGAACAUGAGUUAGCAAAUAGAAUGGCUAUCUCAGGCAAAUUCAAAGAGUCUAUUCUACAACAGCUGAGGUCUAUACUUGAUGAAAAUCCAAUCUUGAGGCAGAUUUCUCUGAAAGCACAAAGCAUCAAAAACUAAACUAGACAGUUUACAUUCCAGUUGGAUGUAAAACAAAAAAUUGUACUUUUUGUUUACGAAUCACUGCAGCUUUCUAGAAUUUUGUUCUGUACAAAUAACAACUAACUUUUGUAUUAAGCUGCAAUUCCCAGUGAUCAUGUAUAUAUAAAAAAUGCAUGGUUUCUACUUUCCUGUUUAUAAUCCAUCUCUAACACAA